UCAAACUGACUAAAGUUUUGGUUUCAAUCUCGUGCCUUUUUCACAUGGUGGUAAAAACAUUUAUUCAUGUGUUUUUUAUAAUAAUAUAGUAUAAUUGAUAACAGUAUAAUAUAAUCGGUUAUUCUGUGUCUCCUUACUUCUUGUAUUAGAAGUAUUUAAUUUAAUUGAGUAUACCAAACUACAUAACCUCUUUUCUGCAUCAUCGUGAAAUAUGCAGAAAGUCAAGAGAAAAAGUGGAGAAUCUGUUGAAUCAGCCCCUGUUAAGAAGGUCAAAAAAAACGAAAAUGCAGUUUCAGAGGGUCCGAACAAAAAGGUGAAAUUCGACAACUCAAAAAAAGUUACUUUCAAAAAGGAUGGUGUAAAAAAUUUCAAGUCACCGAAAGGCAAAAAAGACGGGAAACCUUUUGGUAAAUUCAAUAAUAUGAAAGAUAAACCUUUCUCAAAAGAUGGGAAGUUUUCGAAAGAGCAGACAAAGCCAGGGGAAAAGCCUAAGUGGUCUGAAAUGAAAAAGGAGAAGAAAGAACUUAGGCUUGUGAGACGUAAAGCAAAAGCAACUGCAGAGGUGUUCGAAAUAUCACAUAAAGCUAAAUUACUUGCUGCACAAAUCCAGAGGAAAGUAGUAAAAGCAGACUUCAAAGAAAAGUCAUGUAGGGAGUUACAUGGUCUUCUCAAAGGGCAGUAUAAAUCAAUAGCCCUUACCCAUGAUCUCAGUAGGGUUAUCCAAGUACUGCUCAAAUACGGCCCUGAAGAUGUCAAGACUGAAAUAACUGAGGAAUUAUUAGACCUUAUGGUUCAAAUGGUGCAGUCUAAAUAUGCCCAGCAUGCUGUGAAACGUAUUUUGAAGUAUGGAACCGAUUUCAUUCGCCAUGAAGUUUUGAAGAGGUUCUUCGGCCACAUCGUGACACUCUCGGCACACAGUAUAAGUGCUCCCGUAUUAGAUUAUGCUUAUGGUGAAUUUGCUAACAAGACGGAAAAGUUGCACAUGCAACAAGAAUUCUAUGGGGAAAUUUACAAAAAUUCAAAAGACAACAAAAUUAAAACCCUGAGCGAUACAUACAAAGACAGCCCAGAGAUGAAAGCAGCGAUACUGCAUUCAUGCAAGGCUAAUAUACAGCGUAUACUGGACAAAAAUCUGCAUGAUGGAGAGUUGCUGCAUUCAGUAUUGUAUGACUACAUUCAAGAGUGCAGCGCGGAGGAUCGCACUGAACUGAUCACUACUCUCAGCCCACUGAUAGUGCCGCUCAGCAACUCCCUGCCCGGAGUCAACGCGGCAUGUAUCUGCGUGUGGCAAGGCACCAACAAGGAUAAAAAGACUAUCCUGAAAGUUGUAAAGGAGCAUGCAGUGAGUCUCAGCAAACACAAGACAGGCUACCGUUUGCUGCUAGCCAUCUUCGACUCGGUGGACGACACGGUGCUGGUGAAGAAGGCCAUUGUGUCCACUCUCGCUGCAAAUCUUAAGGAUAUUGUGAAGGACCAUUGGGGUGUCAUGACUCUCCACUGGCUAGUCAAGCCCAAAGACACGGCGACUUUCCACCCGAGCCUCGUGAAAUUCCUCGAAGAGGGCGCCAAAAGCGGCACCUCCAAGAAGGACGCGGAUAUACGUACGGCGGAACUGCGGGAGGCCAUCUUGCCAGCGCUCCAGCAAGAUAUAGAAAAUGAUGCGGAGUUCUGGCUUAGUAAUAAAACUAUUGCCCUUCUAGCCGUGGCGGUGAUGUCUAUAGAAUCAACAAAAGGAAUGUUAGACGCGUUAGCCAGAGCUAUUUGCCGUGCUGACUGGAAAGUCAGCGUGAAUAACAAAGAAAUACUGGCGGUGGAAGACGCUGGCAUACACAUGUGUCUGAAGAAACUUGCCAGCCUGGAUAAGGACAGGCCUGGGUGCACGCUUGGGGUCUCCAUUGCGCAAUACUUGGAGGCUGAUGUGUUAUCGGCGUGGCUGCCUACAAACAGAGGAUGUUUCUUCUUACUGAAGCUUAUCGAGAGCAAUGAUGAGAAAACUGGUAACGAACUCAUAGCCAAGGUCAAGCCACACGCUAGUAUCUUAAGAGCUAAUACUUCUGAAGGAGCGAAGUUACUUGCGCAGAAGAUAAAGAAAUAAAAGUUUUGUUAUAAAA